AUGGCCGAUCCCGCGAAAGAGCCGGGCAACUGGACGGAGCACACCCACAAUGAUGGCCGACGGUACUACUACAACAAGGUCACAAAGCAGUCCAGCUGGGACAAGCCGGAGUGCUUGAAAAAUGCAGAUGAGAAGCUGAACACCACCAGCUGGAAGGAGUACAAAACUGCUGAUGGACGGGAUUACUACUACAAUCCCAUCACAAAGCAGAGUGUCUGGGAGAUGCCCGCGGAGUUGAAGCGGUUGAGAGGACUUGCUAAGGAGGAUGAGAGUGAUGAUGAGAAGGCUUCGAAGCCCAAGAAGCAGGAAGAGCCGGAGUGGAACACGCCGGAGGACAGGCGCAACGCUUUCCGACAGUUGCUCGAAGACAAGGGCAUCAAGAGCAACAUGAAAUGGGAAGAUGCUUUGAAGCUCAUCCAGGACGACAGAAGAUUUGGGGCGCUGACGGCAGCCGGAGAGCGGAAGCAGUCCUUUGCCGAGUACAUCACGCAGUCCAAGAAGCGAGAAAAGGAAGAGGAGCGAGAAAAGAGGAAGAAGGCGAAGGACGAUUUCAUCGAUGCCCUUACGGCUUGGAAGGACCUGAAACUCACGACGAGAUACAAGGAUGCGGCAGAGCACUUCUACAACGAAGAGUGGUUCAAACUGCUUGAGGAGGAUGAAAGGGUUGAAGUUUUCGAUGACUUCAUGGACGAGAACGAGAAGAAAGCCAAGGAGGACAGAAGAAAGAAGAGGAAAGAGUAUGUGGAGAAGAUAAAGGAAAUUUACACGAGCGAGGAGAAGAUCACGGUGCUAAGCCGUUGGCGCGAUGUGCAGGAUGCUUUGCGUGACAACGAGUACUUCAAGUGGCUCUCGAAGCUUGAGGCCUUGACCUCUUGGGAGGAGUGGGUCUUGGACACAGAAAAAGCCGAGCUCAAAGAGAAGACAAAGGCAAAAUACCGUGCGGAACGCAAAAACCGGGAUGCCUUCCGAGAAUUGCUGCGCCAGCAUGGACGCGAAGGCAAGAUCAGCUCCAACACGUUCUGGGGCGACUAUGCCGAAGAGCACGAUGUGGUGAAAGACGCUCGCUAUGUAGCCCUCAUCGCUCAGCCGGGCUCUACGCCACACGACUUGUUUGACGACUACUUGGAGGAGCUUGCGGACAAAUACGCCCAGGACAAGACCAGGCUGAAGAAGCUUGCAAAGUCGAAAGGCUUGGUCAUCACUCAGAGCUCCACCUGGGAAUGGUUCAAGACAGAGCUGAAGGACGAGGCCGUGUUCAAAGAUAUGUCCGAAGAGCACUGCAAGCAGCACUUCGAAAGCUUAGUCUCGAAAGCAAAGGAAGUAGAGGAGGAUGCCGACAAGGUGGCCAAGAAGAACCGGAAGAAGUUCGUGGAGCUGCUCCAGAAGUCCCGCGAGAUUACGGCCAAGACCAGCUACGAAAAGGCUGGGAAGUUGCUGGGCUCCAGUGCAGCCUGGGAGGCCAUGGAGGAUGCCACGCGGCGGCAGUGCUUCGACAUCUUCGUCGACCAGCUUAAGAUCCAGUCCGGAGGUAAGGAGGAGGAGAAGGAGGAAGAGGAGGAGGAUGCAACCACCAAGAAGAAGGAGAAGAAGAAGUUAGCACGUGCAGCGGGCGCUGCCGACCGAGUUCUGGGCUUCUGGCUCGAGCCACGGCACAUACAUCAACGGAGUGUCACCUGGUUGGAAGGUGUGGGAGGCAUGAGCUGCACGGGAAACGAUGUUGUAUUGCACGCCGAGCAUUCGAAGGAAACGGUGGCACGCGCCGUCAGCAAGACAGGAGCAGGGCAAAGCUUGGCAAAAAUGCCAGAUUCAGAUAACUUUUCUCUGAGCGGCCUGCUGGAAGAGUUGGAGUUGGAGAUCGAGGAUCGCGAGAAGUCCGAAGAUCACAGGCGAGGUGCGCUGCCGCAGGCAGACAAACCAUCAGACGGACGAACGGAUUUGGUCGUUCCUGCAGGGCCCAAUGACGACUGGCAGUUCAUGGGUCUUCUGGAAGGUUUAGAGGGCAGCGCCGAGAGCAAUUCCAUGUCUCAGUUUCGGAAGGACCAACAAGCUCCGGGAACUAAGCGGGAGAAGCGAGAAGUCGCAAUUCAAGUUCCGCGCCCAUGGUCCAGAACGGACGACGCAUUGGUGGCCUUCACGAGUCUUGCUUCUGAUGCGAACGCAGCCUACAGGAGCUACAUGGAGGAUGGAUCGCUUGCUCUUCAGCCCUUUGUUCCAGACUCCAAUGACCGCUGGAGUUUCUUCGCUGUCUAUGAUGGCCAUGGUGGCCGGGAGGCUGUGGACUAUUGCGAGAUGCGUCUGCACGAGCAGGUCGCCCUUGAAAUGAAAACCUCGAGUCCCCUAGAUGCCUUGCAAAAGGCUUUUCUGAAGAUCGACAGCCAGCUUGGGAUGUAUGGCGCCUGGAACCAUGGUACCACCGCAACUGUUGUCUUGGUGCAGGGCUCCAAGGACCCCAGCAAGCCGCGCAGCCUCCAUGUUGCGCACGUGGGUGAUUCGAGGGCCGUUCUUAUCGAGAACAUCGGAUGCCCCAGAAGCCUUACCAAGGAUCACCGGCCCAGCGACCAGGAUGAGGCCAAGCGGGUCACGGAAGGGGGUGGGAUCGUGUCGGGUGGGAGGGUUGGGGGAGAUUUGGCCAUCUCUCGCUCCCUGGGGGACCACCGCUUGAAAGGCAAAGGCCUUAGCUGCACUCCUGACUUGUGUACUGUUGGUGUGGCCGCUGGGCACGUGCUGAUUGUCGCAACAGAUGGCCUCUGGGACGUGCUCAGCGACGAGGAUGCCUGCAAGAUUGUGGAGAGGUCAGUCGAAGAAGCAGCGGGAGCACGCCAGAGCCCCUCGGACAUAUCCGACUGGCUUCAGCAUCACACUUCGCAGGAAUUGGUUGAUGAAGCGAAGCGACUGGGGUCAAGUAUCAUGAGCCUUGCACCUGCAGUCACCAAUAUUAUCAUCAGCAGUCCUGCUGUGAUUAUGGCCUGGUGGCCCCGUGACUUCCACUCAGAGUCGGUGAGCGCGGUGAAGAACGCCCAGGGGCUCGCGGACCUCUCCAGUCCUCAAGGCUUGAGGCGCACCCACUUGGAGAAGCCAGGCCAGGCCAUCAAGGUCAUCCGGAACAGACCCAACGCCAUCUUCUCCGCCAAGAGCACGAAGCGGUCGUACACCAGCUGGUCGUACCCUAUCCACUUUGUGUGGACGAAAGACGUGUCGCAGGAGCUGCUGGCCAAGCUGCCUCCACAAGUGCUUCGCAGCGACGAGGCGCAGCCGAGGAAGAGGGCGCGCUCCUCUGCCUCCGAGGCCCCGAAGGCCAAGGCCAAGCGGGCCAAGCCGAGAAAAGAGGAGCCGACCUCCACGGGCCUCAUGCUAGUCCUUGCUCAUCGUCCAUUGAAUUUCAUUGCUGCCGGUGUCCCAAUGUACUUCUUCAAGACAUUCCUGCGACCACCUUUGAAGUGCAUGGAGAGCCAGGCAUCCGAGCCUUUCGCGACCCAGUACGAUGAUGUUCUGCCGCUUGGGCUCGGUUGGAUUGUGAGCGGCAUGUUGCCCCACGACGCGGGCAAGUUGUCCAUGAAGGACAAAUCGCACGGAGUUCCAAGUCACCUGACUUCUCCGAAGGGACUGCGCCACAAGGAGCCCGCCACGGCGAUGAGCAUGAAGCCAACGUUAUUUGGCGUCAUCCGAGGUGGAGAUCUCAGCAGACCAUGGUGUAGAAUGGUGCAGGCCAUGCUUUCGAAAAUGAAGCUCAGCUAUGCAGCUAUGCUGAGGCUCAUCGUCGGAAUCUUCCAGAUCUGCUGCUCUCUUGCAUAUGUGAUGUCCUUGGCUCGGCAUGCUCAAACUGCAAUGGACCGCCAAGGAGCCGGAAAUCGAGGCUUCGAGAAUGUCCGCUUGCUGCAGAACGCGGCCCGGAACCAGGGCAAGGUAGAACUGCAGAAGGAUCUUUUGCAAAAUGGGAAGUUUGUGGCGGUGAAGCGUAUGCCGGUCACUUGGACUGGCAAGAACCACAAGGACUUUUUGGAGAAACACCCGUCCGAGACCGAACUCCCGUGGAUGGACCUUGGCUUAGCCAAAUACUUGCAUGCGAAAGGCUUCCGCUUCAUCUGUGAGCCUUUCGGAACGUUUCGCAGUGAAAGGGAGACGUUUUUUGUCUCUGAAUUCGCCGAUCGAGGUGAUCUGUUUGAAUGGUGUCAAGCCGGUCCAACUCCUGGUGAGGAGCGGGAGCAGAUGCUGCGACCUGUCGCACAGCAGAUUUUUGCGGCAGUCGGUCACCUGCACAGUCUAAAGAUUGCACACUGCGAUCUUUCACUGGAGAACAUUCUCCUGGCCACAACCUCACCGGACGAUCCCCCUCAAGUGAAGCUCAUCGACUUCGGAAUGGCCGUCAUGAAUCAAGACUUCAUGGUUGGUCCGCGUGGGAAGCCGUCCUACCAGGCUCCGGAGAUGCAUGAGCAGUGUCGCUAUGAUCCUUGCUUGGCUGAUGCCUUCUCCGUAGGGGUGGUCCUCUUCGGGAUGGUGGCCCAAGACUACCCAUGGCUGACGACAAAGCCCAAUGGCUGCAAGUGUUUCGAAUUCGCCCGGCAGAAGGGACUUCAGGCUUAUAUGAUGAAGAGGAAGGCACGGAACAGUGGUGGAGCUCGACUUUCCGAGGUCUUCAGUGACUCCCUCAUGGAGUUGCUCGAGGCAUUGCUCAAGGUCGACCCGGCUGAAAGGUCGAGGAUUGGGGCCUCAACGCUACCAUGGCUGGGCGAAGAAUUGUGA